AUGCCGGUUAAAGAUGUACACCCCGGUCGGCCAGAGCGGGUGGGCUUGCAUCAGUCCCCAAGGUCGCUGCGGUUCGCAGAGGAGUCUCUGCUGCCCCCUGACCCCAGCUGGCUCGGGGCCACUUGCUUCCACUGGUUCACUCACGGAGCUGUCUCCUUCUUUGCUUCUGCAAAACAGAUUCGGGAGGAGGACAAGAGCCCUCCACCUUCCUCGCCCCCUCCCCUGUUCUCUGUCAUCCCAGGAGGCUUCAUUAGGCAACUGGUCCGGGAGACUGAGAAAGAGUCCAAGGAAGCAAGACUGAGGAAACAGGCAGCGCUUGGCUCUCCUGAACAAGAGACCCCAGAAACUUCUGCUGGCCAACCCAAGGGCAAGUCCAACAGUGGCACCAAAUCUGGAAACCAGCAAAUCCCCCAAGGCAGCCAGUCAGGCUCUCCGCAGAACUCAAACAUUCCGGGCAAGGAGAGCCAGGAGGCCGGCCCCACAGACCCCGUGCUGAUGACCAGCAUCAAUGGUGAGAAGCCCCAGGAGCCGGGCCCCAGUGGGACCCCAGCCAGAAAACCCCUGCCCUUCAAGAGAGGUGUGAGGAGGGGUGACGUGCUGCUGAUGGUGGCCAAGCUGGACCCGGACUCAGCCAAGCCGGAGCAGAGGACCCAGCCCCAUGACGCCCCCACCUGUAAGACCCCACCCCCAGCCACAGACCCUGGAGGGGAACAGAAGGGGGGGACUCCAGGGACUCAUGGCACUAAGGACACAGCCCCGAAGGCUGAGAAGACCCAGACCGAGGGCGUUGUGGACCCAGGAACGCAAGGCGUGGUGGGGAAAGGGGGCAGGGACCCCCAGACCAAAGGGCUGAAAGGGGGUGAACUCCAGGGCAGAGAGGGGCCAGGCGAAGGGGGACGGUCAGCUACAGCAGAGAAGGGGGCAGGGGACCCCCCAAACAAGAUGGCAAAGGGGAACCUCUCCAAGGAUUUGGGGGGCAACGGCAAGCCCGCUGGGGCCCAGAUCCAGGUGAGAAAGUGGGGAGUCUCCCUGGGCAGCAGGAGCAAAUGGGAUGGUCCCCGGAGUAAGAAGGAUAAAGAAGGUUCGCUGCUGAGUAAGGCAGAGAAGACAGAGGAGCCUCAGGUCAAGGCAGAGAAGAUGAGCAAGGUUCAGGGGAAGCCCGGGAAGGUGGGGGGAGCUCCCGGAGGGGUGGAGAAAGCAGGCCAGCCUCUGAGAAGGACAGAGAAGGCAGGGGAGCCCCAGACCAAGGUAGGAGAGGAAGGGCGGCCUCAGAGUGAGCCCGGGGAGGCAGGUAGAGCCGGGGGGGAGAGAGAGAAGGGCUGUGAAACCCCCAAGGAGGUGGGUGCAUGCAGGGAGAACCCAGCGGCGGCUGGGAAGGAGGGCCGGCCAGAGAGCAGAGGACAGAAUGCCCGGGAGCCCCGUGCGGGAAUGGAUGACGCGACAGAGACCCUGGAGACGGAGCUGGAAAGGGCCGGACCACCUGCUCUGGAGGGCCAUGCAGACAGUCCUCAGGAUCGGAAGGAGGGUGAAGAGGGGCUGGCCCUGCCGGAGGGGAGCAGAGGAGGACAGAGCAGAGACUUGGAUCAGGCUCCUGAGGACAGAUGGUACGAGGCAGAGAAAGUGUGGCUGGUUCAGAAGGAUGGAUUUACUCUUGCAACUGUCCUGAAGCCGGAUGAGGGAACAGCCGACCUGCCGGCAGGAAGGGUGCGAGUUUGCAUCGAUGCUGACAAAACCGUGACUGAGGUGGACGAGGAGUGUGUUCAUAGGGCCAACCCCCCCGAGCUGGACCAGGCUGAGGACCUGGCCUCCCUGGUCAGUGUCAACGAAUCAAGUGUCCUGAACACGCUUCUGCACCGCUACCGGGCUCAGCUGCCCCACACCUUCACCGGGCCAGACCUGAUCGCCCUCCAGCCCCGGAGGCCCCCGGCGCCCUCUGCAGGCAAGGUGCCCAGGCGCCGCCGGGAUGGCCUGCCGGCUCACGUUGGCUCCCUGGCCCAGCGGGCAUACUGGGCGCUGCUGAGCCAGCGGAGGGACCAGAGCAUCGUGGCCCUGGGGCGCAGCGGUGCUGGGAAGACCGCCUGUUGCGAGCAGGUCCUGGAGCACCUGGUGGCGAUGGCAGGCAGUGUGGAUGGCAGGGUCUCAGUGGAGAAGAUCCGAGCUACCUUCACCGUCCUCCGGGCUUUUGGCUCUGUGCCCACCGGCCAUAGCUGCAACGCCACCCGGUUUGCCAUGGUGAUGUCGCUCGAUUUCAAUGCCACGGGGAAAGUCACGGCCGCUCAGCUCCAGACGAUGCUCUUGGAGAAGAGCCACGUGGCCCGACAGCCAGAAGGGGAAGGCAAUUUUGAGGUUUUCUCCCAGAUGCUAGCUGGGUUAGACCUGGAUCUCAGGACAGAGCUAUACCUACACCAGACGGCAGACAGCAGCUCCUUCGGCAUGGGCGUGUGGCCUAAGCCCGAAGACAAGCAGAAGGCGGCAGCCGCCUUUGCCCAUCUCCAGAGCGCCAUGGAGACACUGGGCAUCUCGGAGGGCGAGCAGCGAGCCAUUUGGCGGGUGCUGGCAGCCAUCUACCACCUCGGCGUAGCGGGAGCCUGCAAAGUUGGCCGGAAGCAGUUCAUGCGGUUCGAGUGGGCAAACCACGCAGCGGAGGCCCUGGGCUGCGAGUAUGAGGAGCUGAACACGGCCACCUUCAAGCACCACUUGCGACAGAUCAUCGAGCAAGUGACGUCUGGGCCGGGCCGACGGAGACCUGAGGGCGAGGAGACCAGCUCAGGGCUCAAGAUGACGGGCGUGGAGUGCGUGGAGGGGAUGGCCUCGGGCCUGUACCAAGAGCUCUUUGCGGCUGUGGUCUCACUCAUCAACAGGUCCUUCUCUUCCUGCCACCUCUCCAUGGCCUCCAUCAUGGUGGUGGACCCCCCGGGCUUUCAGAACCCGAGGCACCAGUGCAAGGACCGGGCGGCCACCUUCGAGGAGCUGUGCCGCAAUUAUGCCCAUGAGCGAUUACAGCUGCUUUUCUACCAGCGGACCUUCGUCUCUGCGCUGGAGCGAUACCGACAGGAAGGUAUUCCCGUGCCCUUUGACCUCCCGGAGCCUUCCCCAGGGACCACGGUGGCUGUCGUGGACCAGAAUCUUUCCCAGGUCCGCUUACCAGCUGUUGGAGGUGCUGAGGACUCCAGGGGCCUUUUCUGGCUCUUGGAUGAGGAAUUCCGGAUGGAGGGCUCCAGUGACAGCAUGGUGCUCGAGCGUCUCUGUGCAGCCUUUGAGAAGAAAGGGGCUGAGGCCGAAGGGACCUCUGCCCUUCGGGCCUGUGAGCAGCCCCUCCAGUUCGAGAUUUUCCACCAGCUGGGACAGGACCCCGUGCGCUAUGACCUCACGGGCUGGCUGCAUAGAGGCAAACCCAACCUCUCGGCCCUGGACGCCCCUUCGGUGCUGCAGCAGUCAAAGAGGGAGGAUCUGAGGAGUCUGUUCCAGGCCCGGGCCAAGCUGCCCCCCGUGUGCCGGGCCGUGGCCGGCCUGGAGGGCACCUCCCAGCAGGCCCUACAGAGGAGCUGCACGGUGAGGAAGGCGUUUGCCAGCAGCUUCGCCGCGGUCAAGAGGAAAGCGCCGUGCUCCCAGAUCAAGCUGCAGAUGGAUGCACUAACCAGCAUGAUCAGACGGUCUCAGAUACACUUCAUCCACUGCCUUGUGCCGGGCCCCAUAGGGGAGAGCAGAGGCGGGCAGGGGUCUCUGACCCCACCGCAGCCUGGUGGAGAUAAGCCCGGAACAGGCGGACCUCUGCCCUUGGACAUCCCUGCGCUGAGGGUGCAGCUUGCGGGGUCCUGCGUCCUGGAGGCACUGCGUCUGCACAGGGCAGGCUAUGCUGACCAUGUGGGGCUCGCUCAAUUCCGCCGGAGAUUCCAGGUGCUGGACCCUGUCCUCAUGAAGAAGCUCACGUCGGCCUCCGAGGGCAUAGACGAGAGGAAGGCUGUGGACGAGCUCCUACAGACCCUGGAUCUGGAGAAGAAGGCGGUGGUUGUUGGGCACAGCCAGGUUUUCCUCAAGGCAGGCGUGGUCUCCAGGCUUGAGAAGCAGCGGGAGAAGCUGGCGUCUCACAGCAUCAUUUUAUUCCAGGCAGCUUGUAAGGGCUUUCUGUCCCGGCAGGAAUUCAAGAAGCUGAAGAUUCGCCGCCUGGCUGCGCGGUGCAUCCAGAAGAACGUGGCUGUGUUCCUGGCGGUCAAGGACUGGUCCUGGUGGCGGCUCCUCGGUUCCCUCCGGCCCCUGCUGAGUGCCACCAUUGGGGAUGAGCAGCUCCGCACCAAGGAGGAGGAGCUCACAAUGCUGAGACAGAAGCUAGAAAAAUCGGAGAAGUCACGGAAUGAACUCCGGCAGAAUGCAGACCUGCUAGAGAGCAAGGUUGCUGAACUGACCGCGGAGCUGGCUGAUGAGCACUUCAGGGGGGACGUGGCCUGCCAGGUGCUAGAGAGUGAGCGGGCAGAGCGGCUGCGGGCCUUCCGGGAGGUCCAGGAGCUGAAGAGCAAGUAUGAGCAAGUCCAGAAGAAUUUGGGAGAAGUGCAGAAGCAGUUGGGAGAAGCGCAGCAGAAAAUUCAGUUGGGUGACUUGGAAAGGAGCCACACAGGAGGAGCAGAUGAAUGGAUGAUGCGGUUCGACUGUGCUCAGAUGGAGAACAACUUCCUGCGGAAGCGUCUACAGCAAUUUGAGGAGAGGCUGGACUCCGAGUUGACAUCCAGGAAAGAGCUGGAGCAGAAGCUCGGGGAGCUGCAGAGCGCUUAUGAGGGGGCCAAGAAAAUGGCUCACCAGCUAAAGAGGAAGUGCCACCAUCUGACCUGUGACCUGGAGGACACCCGCCUCCAGCUGGAGGACCAGCAAAGCCGAAGUCACGAGCUCGAGAAGAAGCAGAAGAAGUUUGACAUGCAGCUGGCCCAGGCCCUGGGUGAGUCUGUGUUUGAGAAGGGUCUUCGAGAAAAAGUGACCCAGGAGAACACCAGUGUCCGAUGGGAACUGGGCCAGCUUCAGCAGCAGUUGAAGCAAAAAGAGCAGGAAACCUCGCAGCUGAAGCAGGAGGUGGAGACGUUGCAGGCCCAUAAGCGGGAGCUCUUGGGGUUGUCCUCUCUGGGAGAAAACUGUGUCGCUGGCUUGAAGGAGAGGCUCUGGAAUCUGGAAUCCAGCGCCCUGGAGCAUGAGAAAAUCCAGAGUCAGCAAGAAAACACCAUCAAGCAGCUGGAGCAGCUCCGCCAGCGGUUUGAGCUGGAGAUCGAGCGGAUGAAACAGAUGCACCAGAAGGACCGUGAGGACCAGGAGGAGGAGCUGGAAGAUGUCCGCCAGUCCUGCCAGAAGCGGCUCCGCCAGCUGGAAAUGCAGCUGGAACAAGAAUACGAGGAGAAGCAGGUAGCCCUUCAUGAGAAGCAGGAUUUGGAAGGCUUGAUUGGAACCCUCUGCGAUCAGAUCGGCCAUCGGGACUUUGACGUGGAGAAGCGUCUCCGGAGGGACCUCAAAAGGACUCACGCACUACUGUCUGACGUGCAGCUCCUUCUGGGGAGCAUGGAGGAUAGCAAGACGUCGGUCAGCAAGGAGGAGCUGGAGAAAGUGCACAGCCAGCUGGAGCAGAGUGAAGCCAAGUGUGAGGAUGCUUUGAAGACCCAGAAGGCGCUGACUGCGGACCUGGAGAGUAUGCACAGCGAGCUGGAGAACAUGACCCGGAAUAAGAGCCUGAGCACCUGCUGUAUGCAGGCCGAGUGCUGGGGAUGUCUCUGUGAACAGAACAAAGUCCCGGUUCUCGUGGAGAUUACAGGGGUGGAUGAGCAGCUAUGCCGGCUGCAGUUUGAGAGGGCUGACCUGCUGAAGCGCCUCGAUGAGGACCAGGACGACCUGAACGACCUCAUGCAGAAGCACAAGGACCUCAUUGCUCAGUCUGCUACUGACAUUGGGCAGAUCCAAGACCUACAGCUGCAGCUGGAGGAAGCCAAGAAGGAGAAACAGAAACUUCAAGAACAACUGCAGGUGGCCCAGAUGCGCAUCGAGUACCUGGAACAGUCCACCGUGGAUCGAGCCAUUGUCAGCAGGCAGGAGGCAGUCAUCUGUGACCUGGAGAACAAGACGGAGUUCCAGAAAGUGCAGAUUAAGAGAUUUGAGGUCCUGGUGAUCCGGCUUCGGGACAGCCUGAUCAAGAUGGGCGAGGAGCUCACGCAGGCGGCCAAGUCUGAGUCCCAGCAGCGGGAGAGCAGCCAGUAUUACCAGCGGCGCCUGGAGGAGCUGAAGGCGGACAUGGAAGAGCUGGUGCGGCGGGAAGCGGAGGCCAGCCGCAGGUGCAUGGAGCUGGAGAAGCACGUGGAGGACCUCUCGGCAGUGAGACAGACCCUCCAGACAGACCUGGAGACGUCCAUCCGGCGGAUUGCUGACCUGCAGGCAGCCUUGGAGGAGCUGGCAUCCAGCGACAGUGACACGGAGAGUGUCCAGACGGCAGUGGACUGCACCAGCCGUGGCGGAAAAGAGACAGAUAAUGUCUCCAUCCUCAGCUCCCAGCCAGAAGGCAGUCUGCAGUCCUGGCUGAGUUGUACUCUGUCCCUGGCCACAGAUACCGUGAGGACCCCUUCUCGACAGUCAGUCAUCAGCAGCCACAUGCUCAGUCCCAGGAUCAACGAGGAGACCGGGGAUGCAGAGAGGUCCCAGCCGGCGUCGGCCCUGAGCAGAGCCCGGACCAUGCGGAGCCAGACCUCGGGGGACAAGUCUGUUUCACCCCUCUCCCUCCGGCGACAGAAGUACUACCACUUGGGGGACGGUGAUGAGUGUGGCGGGCAGAAGCAGCCCACGGAGAGACUGGGAGCACGGUCUUCCUCCCCGGCUUCUCGGAGUCCAGACUCGUCCCCAGCGUCCAGGGAAAAGCUGCCCAGCCCCUCGGCGGCCCUGUCGGAGUUCGUGGAAGGUCUCCGGAGGAAGAGAGCUCAGAAGGGACAGGGCUCCACGCUGAGCCUGGAGGACUGGCCCACUCUACCCAUUUACCAGACCACCGGGGCAUCCACGCUGCGGAGGUCCAGGGCGGGCAGUGACGAGGGAGACCUCUCGCUGGGGUUUGGGGCACAAUCGGCCCUGGAAAAGGAGGGCGCCUCCGGGACGUCGGCCGGGCUCCUGCGGUCCACCAGCCUGAAGUGCAUCUCUUCCCCCAGCACAGAGGGUACCAUGCUGCUGCCCAAGAAGCCGAAGACCAGGUUCAGCUCCUGCGAUUCCCUCUUUGAAUCAGGGCAGAGCUCAGGGAGAACACUGAGCUCCCCAAGCACAUCCAGGGACCUGGUCUUGUCACCCACGCUGCGCCCGCGGAGGCGCUGUCUGGAGUCCUCACUGGACGAGGCGGGCUGUCCAGACCUCGGGAAGGAGCCUCUCGUCUUCCAGAACCGCCAAUUCGCCCACCUCAUGGGGGAACCUCUGGACAGUGAUCCGUUCACCUGGAAGGUCCCAAGCCUCAACUACAAACGCAAGACCAAAGUGGAUUUCGAUGACUUCCUCCCAGCCAUCCGGAAGCCUGAGACUCCUGUGUCCUUGGCCAGAGCGGCCAAAGAGGGUCAGGACAGUCCGCGGCAUCCGCGCAUCCACUUUGAGACAGAGGAGGCCGACCGGACCUUCCUCUCAGGGAUCCAGACCAUUUUGAAAAAGAGUCCGGAGUCCAAGGAGGACCCCGCUCACCUCUCUGACUCGUCCUCCUCCUCCAGCUCCAUCGUGUCCUUCAAAAGCGCCGACAGCAUCAAGAGCCGACCAAGAAUCCCGCGGCUGGACGGUGACGGUGGCGAGCGAACAUCCCCCGAGAGCAGAGAGCCGGGGGCAGGGAGAAAAGACGAGGAUGUUGAGAGCAUAAUGAAGAAAUAUCUGCAGAAGUAGGAGCCAGUGCAGCUUCCUGAGAUAGACUGCCCUCGAAGACUUCCUGACUCCACAACUGUCUGGAGAGAGACAGAGAGAGAGAAGAGAGAGAGAGAGAGAGAGAGACCAGCCAGACCUCCCCAGGGGCCCUGAGUCCAGAGCCGGCCAGCAUGGCUGCACUCAAGAGGCAAGAAGACCCCAGCAGGAGACAUAU